UCCACUUGAAUUUGUGUCGGUAAGAGUUUCACAAUGUCCAUUUUCUAAAACACCGAUCACAAGCCUUACCAGUAACAUUUCACAGUGAAUGAAAUGGUUAAUGGAGGACUCAGUCUGUGGGUCACUGCGCGCUUUCAUUGUACGUGAGUCUGCGGUUUGGACGCAGCUGAACAGGGAAACCAAAAACGCUGUGGAGGGAAACUGUUCCCAGUGUCUAAUUUGAUAGUGAUAUAUUCGGGGUGUUGUCCAAAUAAAAGGAAGUGGUGUUGAACUGAGGCGUGCGGCAUGCAUGGGAGCAGAUCGGAGGAUGCUGGAUCUGAACCAGCUGUCACCGACACAGACGCCCACCGCAGGAGGUCGUCCAGACAGGGCACCGUUGUGGAGCGACUCUCGAGGUAUGGCAUGCAAGUCAUGCCCAGUGCUUUCCAGCGUAGGUUGAGGCUGCAGAGGCAGCAAGACGUGUCUGAAAGCUCCGCACCGGGAGCUCCGGAGAGAGGCUCGAUCACACCCGCUGAGCGUAAAAGGAUCCUGAAGGAGCUGGUUCUGGGUAGCUCCACUCACAGCGGGCUCAGCAGUGUGUUGACCUCCCAAACAACCAGCGUGUCCGUAGAGCAGGACACAAAGUGGGCUCUGGAUCCAAUGGAGCACGAUUGGAUGAUUGCUUCUGUGGAUGGAGACUAUGAAAUCAUACAACGCUUCAUCAACCAGGACCCCCUUUUUUUAACCAAGAAGGAUUUCAUCAGCGGGUAUUCUGUCCUUCACUGGUUAGCCAAGAGGGGCCACGACGAGACUCUGCUCAAACUUUUCCGUCAUGCACAAAGCGAGGGGAUCCCCGUUAAUGUGAACAUGCGGGGCAGCGGUGGAUUCACCCCUCUGCACGUCGCCUGCAUGCAUAGUCACUACAUGGUCAUCAAGCUGCUGGUGGGAGCUUUCAGCGCAGAUGUGGAUGCUAUGGACUAUAAUGGCAAGAGAGCCUGGCAGUAUCUGAGGGGAGACGCCCCGCCGGAGAUGAAGGAGCUGCUGGGGACAUGGGAUGAUGAACACUGCGCUGGUUGGGCGCAAAACCUCAAUGACAACGUCAACAACAACUGCGCCACCAAUACGAACUUGACCUCGAGUGAUGAGGUGGAUAGUGGACACACAGAUGAGACAGGCUCCUUUAAAAGGACUAAGAGGGGGGGCAGCUGGAGAUUUGGGUCGUUCAGGAAGCUGCUACCGUUUUCAUUUUUGGGAAACAAGAGCUGAGCUGUUUAUGACAGACGCCUUCAAGUAUGUCAAAUAUGUGCUGUGUUUGGCAUUAAAAGCACCAGAACACACUCCAUGUCAAUAAUACUUUCCAGGAAUCUCUGGAUUAUAAAAAGGGAAUUAGAGUACCUUUUUUAUUUUGCAGUAUCUCACUAAACCUAAUAAAAACACUUACUCCACAUGAUCCGUUUUUUCCUCUAACCAAAUUCUGCUUGCGUCAACUUAAGUAUUACUAACUGCUGACAUGGCA